GCGACGGCGGACGGUCGAGUACCGCCUCAGUACGAGGUGGCCUCCGCGACUGUACGGAACGACGGUACGUUCCGGCAGCGUCGUUCCGACAACGACGACGACGACGACGACGACGGCGACGACGAUCACGGUCACGAACACGAUAAACAAGGCGCCGGCCCGUUCGACCCCGGGCUCGUCGGUUCCCGCGGUCUGUUGCUUGCUUCUCUCGGAACCGGUGUCCACGCUUUCCGUCACGUGAAGUACGACGACGCUGUACACCCCGUCUUCGUCGCCGGUUCUCCUCCGAUUCGGCCGCUGGUACCCCAUAGUCAUCAAUCGCCCGCAUUGAAAACUGGUCCCACGAUGAGGUAGUCGCGGCCGUCUCGGGUGCCUAUCGUGAUCGUCGGGAAAGCCGUUCGAGAGGGAACGCGAGGGAGCUGCUCGUGAAGGACCGUGCUGAUCCCCGCGAUCGGUCUCGGUGCCGCAGGCGCGGGUGGAAGGCAAGGGCGGGUGGAGGAAACGAAGAAACCAGGUAGGCAGGGAAGCAGCGGGCUCGGUGAGUUGGGUGAAAAUCGAUGGCCAUCAGCGCCCAUGGGCGGCCUCGCGUUUAGGACAAGGAAUAGCCCCUCCCAGAAGACCUCGCUCCGGUGGGGCGACUGCUGCCCCCCGAAUCCCAACCCAGCGUCGUCGUCGGCCGUCUGGAAGCACCGUCAUCAGGACAUGCCGCCGGUGCCCGUGUGAGGCUGCCCCCCGCUGUUGCGUGAUUGUACCUCGCGGGGAUUUCAAAGGUAUCCAGACGGUCCCAAAGCGGAUCGACCGCCGAACUUCUCGGACCUACGUCUCCGUCAACUCGAGCUCGACCCCUCCCCGAAGAUGAUCAACGUCGCCGGUGUGGUCUCGAUCGUUCUGUUCUACCUGCUGAUUCUCGGCGUGGGGAUAUGGGCGGCCAGGAAGAAGGAGGCGGGCAACGACUCCGAGGAGGAGGUGAUGCUGGCCGGUCGCUCGAUCGGGCUCUUCGUCGGAAUAUUCACGAUGACGGCGACCUGGGUCGGCGGCGGUUACAUCAACGGCACCGCCGAGGCGAUCUACACGAGGGGCCUGGUCUGGUGCCAGGCGCCCUUCGGAUACGCCCUCAGCCUCGUUUUCGGUGGUAUUUUCUUCGCGAACAAGAUGCGACAGCAGGGGUACGUCACGAUGUUGGAUCCGCUUCAAGACGCGUUCGGGGAGCGCAUGGGCGGCCUCCUCUUUCUGCCCGCGCUAUGCGGCGAGGUCUUCUGGGCGGCGGGCAUCCUCGCGGCCCUCGGCGCCACGCUAGCGGUCAUCAUUGAUAUGGACCAGGGCACCUCCGUCAUCUUGAGCGCCUGUAUCGCGGUUUUCUACACCCUCUUCGGCGGUCUCUACUCCGUCGCUUACACCGACGUCAUUCAGCUAUUUUGCAUAUUCAUCGGUCUGUGGAUGUGUAUCCCGUUCGCUUGGACAAACGAGAAAGUACAGUCCCUUGGUUCCAUGGACGUUGAUUGGAUCGGUAAAGUGAAGCCCGAGGAAUACUGGUUUUAUGUGGAUUACGGUUUACUUUUGAUAUUUGGCGGUAUACCCUGGCAAGUGUACUUCCAACGUGUUCUCUCCUCGAAGACCGCGGGGAGAGCUCAAGUAUUGAGUUACGUCGCCGCUAUCGGCUGCAUCUUCAUGGCUAUCCCUCCCGUUCUGAUUGGAGCGAUCGCCAAAGCAACUCCUUGGAACGAGACGGGAUACACCGGUCCUUAUCCUUUCACGGAAACGGAGACCAGCAUGAUUCUGCCGCUGGUCCUGCAACACCUGACACCGGACUUCGUUUCCUUCUUCGGGCUGGGAGCGGUAUCGGCGGCGGUGAUGUCUUCUGCGGACAGCAGCAUCCUCUCUGCUAGUUCGAUGUUUGCUAGAAACGUUUACAAAUUGAUCUUCCGUCAGCGGGCGUCGGAGAUGGAGAUCAUCUGGGUGAUGCGGGCGGGGAUCGGCGUGGUCGGCGUGCUGAGCACCGUGAUGGCCCUCACAAUACCGUCGAUCUACGGCCUCUGGUCGAUGUGCUCGGACCUGGUCUACGUGAUCCUGUUCCCGCAGCUGCUGAUGGUGGUGCACUUCAAGGACUACUGCAACACCUACGGCAGCCUAUCGGCGUACAUAAUCGCCUUCCUGGUGCGCAUCAGCGGCGGCGAGCCGAUGAUGGGCCUGCCCGCGCUGAUACGCUAUCCGGGCUACGACGAGGAGUCGUCCACGCAGAUGUUCCCGUUCAGGACGAUGGCGAUGCUGAUGUCGCUGAUAACCCUCGUGGGCGUGUCGUACGGCACGCAGUUCGCCUUCCUCACCGGCCGGCUCGCGCCGGGCUACGACGUCUUCAGGUGCGUGGUCAACAUACCGGAGGACGUCGAGCGGGUGGGCCCGGACCCGGCCCGAGGGGCCGAGCAGAUGGCGGUCCUAGCUGCGGGCGUCGGCAGGCUCUACGGCAGCAAGGACGAAUCGAACGGCCGAGUGAAUCCUGCGCUCGAGCCGGACUACGACAACCCGGGAUGUACGAUGAUCGCGGGAUCACCGGACAGCGUCGUCGGCGGCGGCUGCGGCAGCGGCGGCGGCGGCAGCUUCUGCGGCGCCGGGGGAGACUUGGUGCCGCACGUUCCCGGCGGCGCGCCCCGACAGCCGCAAUCCAGCACCGCGUUCUAACUCCUGGUUCCGUGAUCGGAUGCUGUGACCAACAAUAAGUGCGGCGGUGCGGGUGUCUGUCUUUCGUUCCCCGUUCCUAACCUCUCCAGCCCCCGCCCUUCUUCUUCGUCGGUUCUUCUCCCUUCUGCGCGCUUCGUUCGCGCGACGGUCGGCUGUCCUCGGACUCUGAUCUCGACCGUUGCCGUGCUUCUCGAUACGUUGAAAAAUGGAAAAAUCUUUCUCCCGAAAUUCCCGACAUUCGCUGGCGUUAAUUUCAGGUAAAAAAUCAGUUUUUUUUGCUUAUCGAAGAAUCAGUCGCGCACUUUAUUUGCACUUGAAAUGUUUUAAUUAUUGAGAUCUUUCUUUGCCAAAAAAUAUCUGUCGAAUGAUUAUUCCGAUUGAAAGCGUUCUUUCACGCUGGAUGACAAUUAAUACUAGAACGUCCGCAUAAUUUCGCAACCCGAAACGUAAUUUAUUGACGCGGUGCAUAAUCGUGUAGCUAGCGUUGCUUUCUCUAAUAACACGUCUCCGCGAUUACUGUGGAUGAUCGCAGUCGUCAUCGGCGUAAAUUGUUCCAUCCCCGGGGGUCGUUCUAGUGUUAAUCGACUUUCCGACUCUCUCGCUCGGUUACGUAAGCCCUCGGUGUCCUGUUUUCCAGUUCGCAUUUCCUUUUCCUACCCGCCCCUACGACCACGGAGCUCCGAGACGAGCCAACAAUGCGGUGGCCUGCGGUAAGUCCGAACACGAAGUUUCUUUCGUACUCGCGUGUAUGUGUGUGUCUGUGCGUGCAUGUAGUUGCGUGUCGGGUGUCUGCUGUCUGUAUGAAUAUAUGUGUGUGUGUGUGUAUGUGUGUACGUUAGCACGCUGCCAGUGCCCGUGUAACGAUCUGUACCUGCCCGCGUCCGCUCGCGUUCGUGUUUCCCGUCGCCACUCUAGAAGGAGCAAUAAACGAGAGAAACUGGGAAAAGUAAGGGAGGG